AAUCCCCCAGUUCCCCAAAGAACUAACCAAAAAUCCCCCUCCCCCUCUUUAGCUGCUGCACCCCCAGACCCACCCCCAAAAUGUCCUACUCCAGCACCAGCACCCGCACCACCCCCAGCAGCAGCAGCGCUGGCGCCACCAUGCUGGACACGGAGAUGGCCUGCUACUUCCGAUGGCGGCCGUUCCUCGACGCCUGGCCGAGCAAGACCAUCCUCCGGCUGGUCGUGCGGCGGGCCCGCGAGACCACCACCGCGCUGCACUCGGAGGACGGCUGGGCGCGGGCCAGGACCGAGCUCCUCCUCCGCAUGCGCCUGCUGCGCGACCGCUACCCCUACCCCGAGGCGCGGCGCUUCGGCGGCGUCAUCUUCUGGGACGACCGCAUGCGGUUCUACAGAGAGCUGCUGGAGCGGGAUUACUUCUCCUUUGAAGCUCCGCCGCCGCCGCCGGGGGGUGGUGGCCAGCAGGUGAACGGCCAGGUGGACGCCGACGCCGACGCCGACACCCGCGGCUUGGAGAUGGCGGACUGCGGCGAGGGCCAGGGCGACCCGACGCCUGAGGCGGUGCGCAUGGUCGAGGGGUGGCUGUGGAUGCUCGAGGAUAAUGAUCCCCAGGGCGGGGUGUGGGGGCUGUUGAUGGAUCGGGUGGAGGUUUGAUUUCCUGGGUCUCCUUGCCCCUUCCUUACCUUACUGUUGAGGUCAGGUGUCUAGUAGAGUAGACUUUGGAGGCUUGUAUCCCGGUCGUUGGGUA